UUGAGAAGAAUAAACCUUCUGAUCAAAAACAAAAGAGAGAAUAAAAAACCCAUUAAAAACAAAACUACACUUGCAGCUUUCCUUUUGCUCCAAAAUCAAAAUCCUAAAGAAACUCUUUCGUGCUUCAAUUGUCUCUUGGUUGAUUUAGUUGAAUUAAGAUGGAGGGUGACAGAAUCAGAAUCAGGUGCUUGAACAAACUCUUUCGUGCUUUAAUUGUGGUGUUCACUUUACUGCAAUGUGCUGUCAACCCUUCCCUUUCCCUUGGAUUCAAAAAUAUUUCUUCAGAAGGAGUGGUGAGGUGCUUUGAGAGGGAAAGAGAAGCACUCCUUGCUUUCAAACACGGCCUCGUGGAUCACUACCAUCUCCUCUCUUCGUGGGGAAGAGAAGAACACAAGCAGGAUUGUUGCAAAUGGGUCGGCGUCCACUGCAGCAACCGAACCAACCAUGUUACUCAACUUCAUCUUGGAUGGUCUUAUUUCAAUGAAAUUUACUCACUUCAAAAGAAAAGACAGUGGGAGCAUUUGAAAGGUAAGAUGAUGAAUCCCAAACUACUUGAGUUGCAGCAUUUGAAAUAUUUGGACCUUUCUUCCAUCAACUUCAAUGGGACCCGACUUCCAUAUUUCAUUGGUUCUCUUUCCAAUUUAAGACACCUCGAUCUCUCUGGUGCUUCUUUUGGUGGUCGAUUUCCAAGUCAAGUUGGAAACCUUACCCACUUGCAAUAUCUUGAUCUCAGUGGGAAUGUCUUUAACAGAGUAGAAAAUCUGAAUUCGUGGCUCCCUCGUCUUUCUUCUUUAACAUAUUUGGAUCUGAGUAGCACCAAUCUCAGUAAUGUUCAUGACUGGCUGGAAACAUUUAGUAAGCUCCCUAAACUUACAAACUUAACGUUACGGAGGUGUGGUCUUCCUUCUCCUGUAAUCCAUUCCAGUACUCUUUUUAACAUAAAUUCUUCAAAAUCUCUUGCUCAUGUUGACCUCUCUGACAACCAAUGCACUUCUCCUUCAAUAUAUUUAUGGUUGUCUAACUACAAUGCUAGCCUUGUCGAUCUUCGCCUCAGUAACAGCAGUUUAACUGGUUUAAUUCCCAGUGUCGUUGAAAACUUGACCUCUCUUGUCUAUCUAGAUCUCUCUUAUAACAAAUUUGACGCGGUGAAUCCGCAUUCUUUUUCCAGCUUAUGCAGUUUGCAAGAACUGAAACUAGUCAAUGCUAGUCUGAGUGGACAGUUUUCCAAGUUUGUUCAAAUGUUGUCCACAUGCGUUCAAAACUCAUUACAGGUUUUGUUCCUCUAUGGCAAUCAUCUUUCUGGAUCAAUUCCUAAUCUCACACACUUCUCAUCGUUGAAACUAUUAUCUCUCUUUGGAAAUCAAUUGAGUGGAACAAUACCUGAAAGCAUUGGGCAACUGUCUAAUCUACGGCAUAUAGACUUGAGUAUGAAUGCUCUCGAAGGUGUGGUUUCUGAAAGCAUAGGGCAACUGUCUAAUCUACGGCAUAUAGACUUGAGUAUGAAUGCUCUCGAAGGUGUGGUUUCUGAAAGCAUAGGGCAACUGUCUAAUCUAGAGUAUAUGGACUUGAGUAUGAAUGCUCUGGAAGGUGUGCUUUCGGAAAGCCACUUCUCGAAUCUAUCGCAUGUGUCAUAUUUGGAUCUCUCUAAUAAUAACAUUUCAGGGUCAAUUUCUAUCUUGUGUGAAGCAUACAGGAGUUUAAAGUUUCUUAAUCUCUCAAGCAACAAUCUCUCCAGAGAGCUUCCAGAAUGCUUGACACAUUUUGACCAUCUAGUCAUGCUUGAUUUGAGCUACAAUGCAUUUUCAGGGAAAAUUCCAUCCACAGUAGGCUCACUGUAUCACAUGGAAACGUUGAAACUAAGAAGCAACAGAUUUGUUGGAGAGUUGCCUUCAUCCUUCAAGAAUUGCACCAGUUUACAAGUUAUUGAUGUUGGAAACAAUCAAUUAUCAGGACCCGUACCAAAAUGGUUAGGGGUUAGCCUUCAGAAUUUGGUUAUCUUGAUGCUUUCCUCUAAUAACUUCAACGGAAGCAUGCCGUCUGAACUAUGCCGUCUAACAAAAAUUCAAAACUUGGAUGUGUCUGUGAACAACAUCUCUGGAGCAAUACCAAAAUGCCUCAGCAAUUUGACUGCUCUGGCACAGAUAGGAAAUUCAUCUCCGAUCCUUCAACACCAAAUAGUGGAUACUUCAUAUAUGGUUGGUUAUAUGGAUGAUGCAACAUUUGUAUGGAAGGGAAGAAUGUACUCGUACAGAAACACUUUGGGACUCGUGAAGAGAAUUGAUUUCUCAAGCAAUAGGUUAACGGGGGAGAUUCCAAUUGAAAUCACAUAUCUUGUUGGGUUAAUUUCUUUAAACUUGUCGAUAAACGGAUUGACAGGUGAGCUACCUGCAAAGAUUGGAAAGUUGCAAGCAUUGGAGAUCCUGGAUUUGUCAAGAAACCAAAUAGAUGGCAGAAUUCCAACAAGCCUUGCUCGGAUAGAUCGUCUUAGUGUCUUGGACUUGUCAUACAACAAUUUUAUUGGCAAAAUUCCAACAGGCACUCAGCUCCAAAGUUUUGAUCCCUCUAAUUAUGCUGGAAAUCCUCAACUGUGCGGACCUCCACUUCAAAAUAUGUGUGAUGAUCAACAGGAAACCAUGAUCUCAAGCAAUGAAGAAGAAAAGGAUGAGCUGAUAACAUGGGGAUUUUACGUCAGCAUGGCGCUUGGUUUUAUUGUUGGAUUUUGGGGAAUUUGUGGCAGUCUAAUUUUCAUCAGGCAAUGGAGAUACUCGUACAUCAGGUUCUUGAAUGUCUUGAAUGAUUGGCUUUAUGUGAGGGUGAUUUCGAUCAAGCGGCACUUCAAUUAAGCAAUGCGUCUUCUAAGAUAGCACAAAAGGGCUCACUUCACUAGAAGAGCUUCAUGGGCUUUAUCUGUUUUAAGUUUUCAAGUAUUGAGUUGUCACAAUAAAGAACUUUACUACUAAAUCUCUUUGGCAGAUGUUUUGUUAAUGUUAGUUGUUUGUAAGAUGUUUAUGUUUAUGUUUACUUUAUCAAGACCAUUCUGCAGAUUAUGUUUAGAAUCAUGAUAUUUACCAAAGAAAGUGAGUUAAUUAUGGACUGCA